AUGCCCCAAAUUCCGGAGUACAUCCGGGCGACGUCGAUGGUGUUCUGUAUCAUUAUCAUGUGCCUCGGCGUUAUCGGCAACGUUAUGGUCCCGAUCGUGAUACUGAAGACGAAGGAUAUGCGCAACUCGACCAACAUCUUCCUCACCAACCUCAGCAUCGCCGAUCUGCUCGUCCUGCUCGUCUGCACGCCGACCGUGCUGGUCGAGGUCAACUCACCGCCGGAGGUCUGGGUGCUCGGCGAGGAAAUGUGCAAGGCGGUACCGUUCGUGGAGCUGACGGUGGCGCACGCAAGCGUCCUGACGAUUCUGGCCAUCUCCUUCGAGCGUUACUACGCGAUCUGCGAACCGCUGAAGGCGGGCUACGUUUGCACGAAGGCGCGCGCCCUGCUGAUCUGUCUCGCGGCCUGGACGGUGGCGGCCAUCCUUACAAGUCCAAUCUUGUUCUUCGCGGAGUACAGCGUGCAGCCGUAUCUGGACGGCAGCCGGGCGGCCAUGUGUCUGACGAAGGCGUCCAAUGGCUGGACGUUCACCUUUUUCCUGAUGACGAUUUCGCUGUUCUUCGUGCUACCGCUGGCCAUCCUGAUCGUGCUGUACGCAAUUAUUGCCCGCAAUUUGAUCGCGAGCGAUCGGUCACGGCUGAAGAUUCGGCUGAGCAAACCCGAGCUGAGCCACAAGGCACGCAAGCAGGUUGUGCUGAUGCUGGGAGCAGUCGUGUUGGCGUUCUUCACCUGCCUGCUGCCGUUCCGUGUGCUGACCCUCUGGAUCAUCAUCGUGCCGGAGGAAACGUUCCAGCAGCUCGCCCCGGAACGAUACUACGUGCUUCUGUACUUCAGUCGCAUCAUGCUCUACCUCAACUCGGCCGUCAAUCCGAUCCUGUACAACCUGAUGUCGUCCAAGUUUCGCAAGGGCUUCCUGAAGCUGUGCACCUGUGUCCACUGGACGCGCCGAGGCCACGCUGCCCGCAAGGGCCGCAAUCGUUCGGCAACCUUCACGACGACCACAACGACCACCACCAGCAACAGCACGGGCGUGGGCACGACGAGUGUCUCGUUCGGGGGACCCUUCACCGGGUUGGAGGUGCGAUCGAACGGUGGCCAUUGCUGUGCGUCCCUAGACAACGCAAUGGCUCGGAAGGGUUCCCGAAAGCUCACAUUAUCGCUGGACGAUUUGCACUAUCGGCUGGCGGAUCGUGGCCCACCGUCGCCGUCUUCGUUCUAUCAGAUCAAUCUGAUACGCCAGCACUCCAGCCCGGGUCUGUCGCUGGACCCAAUUAGUGCCGUCCUGACACCGGCCUCCUUCCAGCCAGCCAGCCGGACCACUCUGAAGCGUCAGCUCAACGUUACCUUCGACGAAGGAUCCACGGGUACGGCGGCCAACGACGAACCAACGUCGGCCCUAGCCAACGGAGCGGCAUCCGAAGCCGAGCGUCUUCUGCUACACAUCGACACCCGGGCCCGGAACCCGGGUCCGGUUGGGGGCCCUAAUCCACUGAAAUUGAAACUUCCCUGCUUCGGACAUCGACGAGCGGGCCUUCGUCCGGCCGGUAGGGCGGCGACCACCCUCCAGCAGCUGUCGCUGGACGAAAGUUUGCUGUCGGCGGCCAUUGCUGGGCGCAAAAGCUCUCGAAGAUCGCAAAUAAUGCAAGGUAAGAGGCGAACCUGUGCCCAGCAACACUUAACAAUCGACAGUCCCAUCUUGAUGAUCUCGUCGUAUGAGUACGUUGAGUACGUCGAUGGCCAAAUGGUAACGGCUUGCCUGUCGCCGGUGGACAGCCUCUGGCCGGCUUCGUUCUUUGUCGGCAGCAUCGUGCUGUUCUUCAUCGUGCCACUUUUCAUACUGGUCGUGCUGUACUCGGUCAUUGCGAAGAACCUGAUGGACAACCCGAGCAUCAUCAUGUCGAACGCAUCGAGCGGCAACCGGGGCAACGUGUACAAGUACCGGAAGCAAGUCAUCUUCAUGCUCGGUGCGGUCGUCGUCAGCUUCUUCGUCUGCCUGCUGCCCUUUCGCGCCUUCACACUGUGGAUCAUAAUCGUUCCGAGUGAGGCGAUCGUCUCGAUCGGCAUCGAGCGGUUCUACAUCCUGCUCUACUUCUGCCGCAUCAUGCUGUACAUGAACUCCGCCAUCAAUCCGAUCCUGUACAACCUGAUGUCGUCGAAGUUCCGGAACGGAUUUCUGCAGCUGCUCGGCUGCGGAAAGAUCGUCCGCUCGGACAGCAUCUCGAGUGGGGCGCGCAAGGGUGGCGGUACGUUUCACACGGGCUCGACCAACCUGAGUAGUUCGCACGGGACGCACGGUUCGAUGCAGCGGAAAAGCGUACGCGAAGAUGGCGGCGGGAGUCUUAACGGCACUAACAGCAUCCGACGUCCGACGGUCCAGUUUCAACAGCCACCGGUUAUCAUCCCCUCGCAGCAACAUCGCCCUCCCCAGGGGUCCUCGCAGCGCCGACACGCUAGCAUCAUAUCGAUACGGUCGACGAUACAGACGAUGGCCGAUCCACCGGCCGAAGAAGAGGAAACGGAAGAGGGCUGUGGCGUGCACAGCACCAUACCCAACACCUAUCAACAGCAGCCAUCAACAGCACUGCCAAACAGUAACGGUUUCUAUAGGAUUAAGGAUAAGGUUAGGUUUAACGGUCAUCAGUCUCACCGAACAAAAUGGCAUCUUCGCCGCAACCGCAGCAGCAGCUUUGAUCGCAGCCAGGCCAAUGCCACAGGAAAGCAGCCUUCAUCGUAUCUGGAUCCGGGCGAGGACUUGCCAAAUGAACAACUGCACAGCGGCAACUCACGCCAUCAGGAUAAUGACAAUAAACGAUUCUCACUGCUGCAGGCAACGACGAUAGCAGCAACGACGACGGUGGUGAUGAUCGUGGCCAGCGACGAAACGGAGCAACCCGAUACGGCUGCCGGCCAUGAAGGUUUCGAGCACGGUAACAGAUCCGGAGACGAGUGCAUAAUUGGAGCAACAAUACCGACGGAGGGUAGCGAUGGAUGCAGUAUAGAAAAGGUGACUAUUUGCGAGCGUAGGCUGACCGAUGGUGCCAGGGAAUGUGAUAUUUAG